AUGGUAUUCCUUGCGAGAUCGCCAAUCCCCGUGUACCAGUAUCCAAGCACGGCUGCCUGUGAUUACUGCGGCUUACACUUGACGUGCAGCAAGGUUAGCCCCAAGCACGAUGGCUACAACCAGAGCACGCCGUCUGACCUCCAACCACGCCUUGGCGCUCGUUGGUCCCGGUUAUUCGGGGGCCAUUUUGGCCCUGCUUUCGCUUGUGUUUCGGAUUUGGAGAAGCAGAGAUGCCAACUCGGUACUUCCUCGAUUUGCUUAUACGAUGAUCCAACGACAGUAGAGUCCGGAGCAACUGAUUAA